AUGUCCGAGCCAGUUGUUGCGCCCGCUCCUUUACCAACUCCGACGAUGCGUCCGGAGUACAGGGUAGUUCCUUACCUGAGCGGCGCAAUGACUACAUUCGAUGGAGACGAGACUCCACUGCAAGCUGAAGAUUGGCUAGAAGAGAUAAAAGGGAUGACGGCCCUUAAUCGACGGCCGUUUGAAUAUGUGUUGCAAUACAUCCGUAUGCACCUGACCGGCCCAGCCAAAGACUGGUUUGCGGGCCGAGAUUUUUCUGAUUGGCGAGAAUUAGAACGGAAAUUCCGACUCGUAUUUGUGCGCGACGCGUGUGCGGCCGACCGCAAAGAUGAGAUGCGUGCGUGGAAGCAAGGGCCUAACGAGACCCUCAUAUCAUCAAGGGAAAUGGCCCUGUAUGCCGUUAGGCGGACACAUGUUGACGAAGAGGAGUUGCUGGGUGAUCUGCUCAAUUGGGAGCGCAUGUCGUCGUUGCAUGCGCUGGCAGUCACGCCAAUGUAUGUUGCUCCGCAGCACGCUGAAGAAACGCCUACCCGUCAGCUGCCUAAAAAAUGGAUAGAAGAGAAAGCGAGCCCCAAUGAAUGGGAGAAUUUCGACAAGACUGUCAUGGAGACGAGUGGGUCGAACAGUGAGACGUACUCCGCCAGUUGUUGGGUGUGCAAGAAAAUUGGGCAUAUGUCGCGCGACUGUCCUGAUAAAGCUACUCGUAAACCUGUAUGUUAUGGUUGCGGAGUAGAGCGGAAUAUUCGACCUAACUGCCCGGAAAAAGAUCAGAUGAAUUGCGCAGAGGUGAGACCUGUAGCGUCGAACCAUCCCUAUAAGAAAAUUGGAUUGGUAAAUGAUAGGGAAGUGGAAGUGUUGCUCGACACUGGUAGUCAACACUCCCUCGUCAAGGCCAGUGUCGCGAUACGAUGUGACUUACGCGUGAAGCCCUCGGUGCGCUCACUAUACGGGAUCGGGAAUACGAUCGUCCCGUCGGUGUGUGCCUUAGGAGAAGUCGAGACCCAUGUAAUACUUGACGGCGUAAACCCAGGAAAGGUCUUGUUACUCGUGGUGCCCGACGAUGUCCAGGCUCCGGACAUGAUUGUCGGACGAUCUUGGUUGGACCACCCGUCCGUGGCCUACCAUAAGGCUCACGGGCGCCUGUAUAUCUAUGAAGCGGAGACCUGUGUGGACAGUAUGGCGGUUGGAGUUACCAGUCACGCUAAGGAGGAUGACUAUCUGCACGUCUUGAAGGUUGACCACGAGCCACCGGCUCGACAGAUGUUGGACUUAAACGAUUUCCAGUUUGUCAGCGCGGAAGCCACUCAGAAGGAACGAAGCGACCUCCUACCCCUUGUUAAUGAGUACCGAAGCUGUUUCGCCAAGAACCUGGACGAACUCGGAUGUACACGAUUGAUGCGCGUUGACAUACGAGAGGUACCCGGUAGUUUGCCGGUCGUCAGUCGACCAUAUAAAACGACGCAAGCGUACCGUGAAGAGAUACAUAGGAUAGUCACGGACUGGAAAAGGUGCGGUGUGGUGAUUGAGACGACUUCGCCCUAUGCCAGUCCCGUGCUGCUGGUCAAGCAACCGGGAAAGAACCGGUUAUGCGUUAACUACCGCCGUCUAAAUAAACAGACGAUACGGCAGCACAACCACAUGAUGGAGCAGUUGGAGUCAUUGGCGGAUAGCCGGUUGUUCGCCCAGCUUGAUUUGGCGAGCGGAUACCUGCAGAUCCCAUUGACAAAGGAAGCCUCCGAAAAAACGGCUUUUAUUACGGCGAACACGACGGGUGAGUUUAAUAGAAUGCCGUUUGGACUGUCGGGAGCUGUCGCUGAAUUUCCCCGACUUAUGCAGCGUGUGAUGAGUCCGCUCCAGGGACUCCACGGGCGGAAUUACCUUGAUGAUAUGGUUGUGGACGGAGAUGUUAACCAAUUUGCGAGCCGUAUUGGAAAAAAAUACGUAUUAAUUAUUAAUUAUUUAUUAAUUACCAGUGAAAUAGUUAGGAUACAACCAUGUUUAUUUAAACUGGCUAUCCCAGCUAAACAGGCACUAAGCAAAUUAACUUCCUUGGAUUCAUUUUUGAGAAUGGCGAAAUUCGGCCCGGUACGGAAAAGGUGCGUGCCAUUGAAGGAUAUCCUGUUCCAAAGGACAUUCACGAAGUCCGUAGGUUUCUUGGACUUACUGGAUUCUUCCGGCGGUUUGUCCACAAGUUUGCGGUUGUUGCGGAACCCUUGA